AUGCCCUAUUUUCUCAAUUUUGGUACUCGUGAUUCUUGUGUCAGAGAGUCUGCUUCAUUCUUGUGUGAUAAUUCUUAUCGAAAGAUGGAGUCUUGGAAGGUGGGCAUUGAUUGCUGCUCAUGGGAUGGGGUUACGUGUGAUAGGGUGAGGGGGGACGUGAUUGGCCUUGACCUUAGUUGUAGCUGGCUUUAUGGCACCAUCCCUUCAAACAUUAGCCUCUUUCUUCUCCCUCACUUGCAACAUCUCAACCUUGCUUUCAACGACUUCUCUUUUUCGCCAAUUUCAUCUGGAUUUGGUCAAGUUGCUAGGUUGAGAUAUCUUAACCUUUCAGGCUCUCAGUUUUCUAGCCAAGUCCCUCUUAAAUUAUCCCACCUCUCCCAAUUGACCUCACUAGAUCUCUCUCACAAUGGAUUCGUUUACCUUGAAGCAUCUUUUAUGAAGAGGCUUGUCAAAAAUUUGACCAAGUUAAGAGAACUUCAACUUCAUGAAGUUGACAUGUCCCUUGUUCCAGUUAGUUCUUUCAUGAAUUUGUCUUCUUCUUUGACAUCCCUUACUCUCGAAGCUUGUCAAUUGAGUGGGAGGAUGUCAAAUAACAUUUUCCACCUUCCAAACUUAUGCGAGCUCAAUCUAAAGGAAAAUAGAGAACUCAUGGGGGUUUUCCCAAUGGCAAAUUGGACCAAUCCCCUAAGAUUCUUGGAUGUCUCUUCGAUGACUUUUUCAGGAGAAUUACCGAAAUCAAUUGGCAAUCUAAAAUUCUUAAGGAAUUUGGGAUUGAAUGAAUGCAGUUUUACCGGGUCAGUUCCUAUAUCGCUUGGUAACCUUACACAACUCACUCAUUUAGAUUUGUCAAAUAACGAUUUCAGUGGUGAGAUACCGUCAUUACUUUCAAAACUCAAGGAGCUCUCUUACUUGGCUCUACAAUUCAACCAACUCACUGGAUUGAUACCCGCAUCACUUGGGAACCUCACGAAAGUUACUGAAAUUUUCCUCAAAUCUAACAACUUCAUUGGUCAUAUUCCAUCGUCACUUUCAUUCCUAAAAGAUCUCAGAUCCAUUGACCUAAGUAACAACAACUUUGAAGGUAAAAUUCCCAAUUUUUUUACCAACUUCACAAAACUCAUUGAAGUUGACUUGUCUAACAACCAACUGACUAGUCAAAUUGGUGAAUUCCAUCGUAGCAAUUCACUGCAGAUUCUUAGAGUGGAAAAUAACAAGCUAUAUGGCUCAAUUCCAAAAUCAAUCUCCAAUCUUGCUAAUCUUAUAUAG